GAGCAGGAAGCGAGCGGACCGCCGUUCUUCCACCCCCCCCUCCCGUCCGUCCGCCGCCGCCUCCUCCUCCAGGAUGGCCUCCGGGAAUCCGGGCACAGAGCUGGACCUCAGCUGGCUCACCAAGGUGCAGGUGAACAGUUUGGCCGUCGCCCGGAGAGCCGAGCAGAUUCAGGCCCGGAGAGCUCUGAAGAAGGACUUCCAGGCCGCUUGGCUCCUGCGGGCCGUGACCUUCAUGGACCUGACCACCCUGUCCGGCGAUGACACCCCCUCCAACGUGCAGCGGCUCUGUUACAAGGCCACAAACCCCAUCCCGGAAGACCUCCUCAGGGCCCUAGACCUACACGAUAAAGGGGUGACCACGGCGGCCGUCUGCGUGUACCCGGCCCGUGUGCGAGAUGCCGUGAAGGCGCUUCAGGCUGCCGGGGCUCACAUCCCCGUGGCUUCAGUGGCCACUGGCUUCCCGGCUGGACAGACCCACCUGAAGCCGCGGCUGGAGGAGAUCCGACUGGCCCUGGCCGACGGCGCCUCGGAGAUAGACGUGGUCAUCAACAGGACGCUCGUGCUCACCGGACAGUGGGAAGCGCUGUACGACGAGAUCCGGCAGUUUCGCCAGGCCUGCGGAGACGCCCACCUGAAGACCAUCCUGGCCACCGGCGAGCUGGGCUCCCUCACCAACGUGUACCGGGCCAGCGUGGUCGCCAUGAUGGCAGGGUCGGAUUUCAUCAAGACGUCCACGGGAAAGGAGACGGUCAACGCCACCCUUCCCGUCGCUCUCGUGAUGAUCCGGGCCAUCCGGGAUUAUUUCUGGAAAACGGGGAUUAAGGUGGGCUUCAAGCCGGCGGGUGGCAUCCGCACAGCCAAGGAGUCGCUGGCGUGGCUGGCCCUGGUGAAGGAGGAACUGGGCAGCCAGUGGCUCCGGCCGCAGCUCUUCCGCCUCGGGGCCAGCUCCUUACUGAGCGACAUCGAGAGGCAGAUCUACCACCACGUGACGGGGAGCUACGCGGCUUACCACGACCUUCCCCCGGCCUAAACCGACCGAGAACGCGGGGAGAAAUCGAGGCGACGGAAUGAAAGAAUAAAUAAAAAUAAAAAGAAGAAAUAAAUAAA